GCUGCCGGGUUUCCGAGCAGCUGCGGCGGCGGCCCGGCGCGGAGCGGCCCUCGCCCCUCGGCCUCGUCCCCGCGCCUCGCCGCGCCCAUGGUGCCUCGCGGGGCUGCGGCCGCCGCGGCCGCCGCGUGCUGAGCGCCAGGCCCGAGCGCCAUGCCGGGCCCGCGCCGCCCGCCCCGCGCGCCGCCGCUGCUGCUGCUGCUGCUGCUGCUGCUGCUGCCGCCGUCCCCGCCCGGGUCCGAAGCCUCGCCCGAGCCCGGCCCGCCCGAGCCCCGCACGCUGCCGCCGCUGCCGCCCGGCCCCACGGCCGCCCCCGGCGCCAACGGCAGCAGCCCCGGGGCCGGCCCGGCGGGGGGCGGCGCGGCAGGGGGCCUGGCCGUCAGCCCCGACCCGGCCGAGCGGCCGAUGACCCAGCGCGCGCUGACCGUGCUCAUGGUGGUCAGCGGCGCCGUGCUCGUGUACUUCGUCGUGCGCACCGUCAGGAUGCGAAGAAGAAACCGGAAGACUAGGAGGUACGGAGUUUUGGAUACUAACAUAGAAAACAUGGAACUGACGCCUUUAGAACAAGAUGAUGAGGAGGAAGAUAACACUCUGUUUGAUGCCAACCAUCCUCGAAGGUCAGUGUCGAAGGCCGAGCUGUAUGAAUCAGGAAGCAGAUAAGAAUGUGCCUUUUGAUGAGAGGAUUUCAUCUUUCUCCAGUGAAGAGAAUUUCUAUGUUUAAGGAAUAAGAAGCCACUUUAUCAAGGGAGGGUAUUUAAGUUACAUGUAUUAUAAUAACCUUUAAUUUGUUGUAGAAAAUACUGUAUCUUUUUGUUAUGUCUGUAUGUCUAAAAGCUCUUCAUGAGCUUGGGAGUAAACUGUAUUAUAAUAGAAAUAUGUUUGAAAAUUAUUUUAAGAUGGUGUUUUUUGAUCAGUUUUUGUUUAUCAUAUUGUAAAUUGUUUUCUGUACUAAUCAGUUAAUACUAAUUACUUUGCCAGUAUUGUAUUUUGAAGAAUUGAAAAUAACAACCAACUGGUAUGCAAAAAUAAUUAAAUUUUUUCUUUACCAAGAUGUUUCCCCGUUCUUAUGGGAAAAAGCCAAAAUUAUUACCUUUCAUUUGGGUUUUUUAAAUAUUGAUAAAUGUCUGAGUUAUUGUAUGCAAAACAAUAAAUAUGAUUUAAAAUCU